GCCCCGCCCCUUUUAGCGUCACCAGUGACGUCACCGCCGGCCUCGCCGCUGCCAUUUUGAAAGGAAGAAGAGAAGGCUUCGUGAGGGAAAGGCGCCAUUCUUGUGGAACUCAAUUUUGAUCAGAAAGAAGAAGGAAAGACUCAAGUGUCCAUAUUGCAAUUAUUAUAUACGUAACUGUCAACAUGGAGGGGAAACGCUAUGCAUGUCUUGUGUGUGGACAGAGCUUCAGUCAGAGUGGACACCUACGUUCACAUCAAAGGACUCACACUGGGGAGAAACCCUACAAAUGCCUGGUGUGUGAACAGAGCUUCACUCAGAGUGGACACCUACGUUUACAUGAAAGGACUCACACUGGGGAGAAACCUUUUAAAUGUCUGGAGUGUGGAAUGAGCUUCACUGACAAUGGAAGUCUACAUAGACACCAAAUGACUCACACUGGAGAGAAACCCUAUAAAUGCCUGGAGUGUGGACAGGGCUUCGCUCGGAGUGGAAGUCUACGUUCACAUCAAGGGACCCACACUGGGGAGAAACCCUACACAUGUCAGGAGUGUGGACAGAGCUUCACUCGGAAUGUAAAUCUACGUAGACAUCAAAAGACUCAUACUGGGGAGAAACCUUAUAAAUGCCUACAGUGUGGAAUAAGCUGCACUACGAGUUCAAAUCUACAUAGACAUCAAAGGACUCACACUGGGGAGAAACCCUAUAAAUGUCUGGAGUGUGGACAGAGAUUCAGCCAUAGUGGAAAUCUACGUUCACAUCAAAGGAGUCACACUGGGGAGAGGCCCUAUCAGUGCCUGGAGUGCAGAAUCAGCUUCACCGACAGCGGAAGUCUACGCUCACAUCUAAGGACUCACACUGGGGAAAAGCCCUAUAAAUGCCAGGAGUGUGGAAAGAGUUUCACUUAUAGUGCAAGUCUACGUUCACAUCAAAGGACUCACACUGGAGAGAAGCCUUAUACAUGCCUGGAAUGUGGAAAGAAUUUUAGUUAUAGUACAAGUCUACGUUCACAUCAAAGGACUCACACUGGGGAGAAGCCUUAUAAAAGCCUGGAGUGUGGACAGAGCUUCACUCAGAGUGGAAAUCUGUGUUCACAUGAAAGGACUCACACCGAGGAGGAACCCUAUCUAUGCCUGGAAGGAAAUUUUUAAGGUUACAUUUACAGCGACACCAGAGUUUUGUUUCUUAAGAAAUGCUGGAUGAUCAUCUAGAAAGAAAGCGGGAAAGAUUACUAAAAUAUAUGACAACUAGCUGUGCCCGGCCACACGUUGCUGUGGCGAAGUCUGGUGGUAUGGGAAAUAAAGUAUUGAGGAAUUGGUGGUAGUUAAGGUAAAAGGUAAACAUUUUCCCCUGACAUUAAGUGCAUUAUAAAUGGAUUAUAUAGCUGUGUGGAAGGGCCUUGAAUCUACACUGCCAUAUAAUCCAGUUCAAAUCAGAUAAUCUGUAUUUUAUAGGCAGUGUGGAAGAGGCCUAAGUGAGGCCUAACUCUGCCUGUCCCCUGGGCAGCCCGCUAGGAGACCAAUUGGGCGGAGCUUAGCCUUCUAACUGGCAGCAAUUGGAUACAAACAAUUAUUCUCUCCUUCUAAUUAGGACUUUAUUUUUCUUUUCUUUUUGUUGUAUGAACGUAGAGGCAUGGAUGAGGGGUUGUGCUGCCAAGUUUAGUGUUUCUGGGAUGUGUAGUUUUGUUGUUUUGUCCUAGGCCGAAAUUUCAUUACCCUUUUAUAUAUAUAGAUUGCAGCAAAAUGCUAUAUCCUCAGGGAUGGAAGGAAGAAGUUAUUCCUACUCAAGUUAAUUGAGUGUUGGAAGGAUCGGCAAACUACCAGAGAAGGAGAAACUGAUGCUGCUGAUUGAGGAGAAAAAUCUGAUCAAGAAACGUUGGAACUUUGAAAUCACUCUUUCAUAACAACAAUAGGGGUAUAUGUCAAGUGUAAGAUUUAUUAAUUAGUAUAGACAGAAAUCUAUAUAUAUAAAAGGGUAAUGGAAUCACGGCACCGGACAAAACAACAAAACUAAAUGCCCCACAACCUUGAAAAUUGACAGCACAACCUCUCAUCCACGCCUCUACGUUCAUACAACAAAAAGAAAAGAAAAAUUAAGUCCUAGCCACAGCGUGGCCGGGCACAGCUAGUGUGCUUAUAAAGGAUUGUCUACAUCAGUGGUUCCGAACCCGUGGUCCGCAAAGCAAAGAUUUUGUAAAACACAAUUCCUAGGAUGCCAUCGCACUGAUCCAGGAUAGUUCAAUUUCAUGGUGUCAAUGCAACCUGUGUUUACAAAGCCAAAUGUAUCCUGGUUUAUCAUGGCUGACUUUUAGAGCGAAGCUGCCAGCAAAGGUGGGAAAGGGAAAGAACAGGAAGGAGGAGCAGAGAAAAAAAUGAGAGAGGGGACUCAGGGCGGAUUACAUUGUAUACAUAUAAGGCAAACAUUCAAUGCCAUAUACACAUAGAACAAAGACAGAGACAGACGCAGAGGCAAUUUAACCUCCUUCCUGAGGGGAUGUUUGAUUCCGGCCACAGGGGGAGCAGCUGCUUCAUCAUCAACUGCAAUGGCACUUCCUCAUUCCAACGACGGCUGGAUUAUUUUUUUAUGGAGUCGUAAAUUAGUUAAAUUAGCCUCCCCCACUUUAUAAGUGGUACCUUAAUUUCCUACUUGAUAGAGCAACUAUAUUUCGGGUUGCUAGGUCAGCAACGAGCAGGGGCUAUUUUAUUUUUAUUUUUAAUUGUUGGGCGCUCACCCCACCACGGGCUGGCCUCAAACUCAUGAGUAAUAAUAUUAGCCCCAGGAUUACCCAACUUGUAAAGAAGAUACAAGCUCAAAAAUCACAUUGAUGCCAACCAAAUUUUCUAUUUUUAAAAUUCUUUUUAUUUUAUAACUCUUAAUUCAUAUUACUAAGUUUAACAUUAAAAGUUUUAUUGAAAGUUUAUUUUUAGAUUAACACGGUUUAUUAUUCUUGAACCUUGCGGUCCCUGCUAACAACAACAACAAAAUCAAAGUAGUCCCUAGUCAAAAAAAGGUUGGGAACCACUGAUCUAUAUGGAAUCUAUAUAUAUAAAAGAGUGAUGGCAUCACGGCGACCCACAAAACAACAAAACUACAGGCCUCCCAACCUUGAAAUUUGACAACACAACCCAUCAUCCACGGCUCUAGGUUGAUACAACAAAAAGAAAAGAAAAAUAAAGUCCUAAUUAGUGAGAGAGGAAUAAUUGCUUUUAUCCAAUUGCUGCCAGUUAGAAGGCUAAGCUCCUCCAACUUGGUCUCCUAGCAACCCAAUAAAAAUAAUAAAAAACACUAAAAAUAAUUAAAAACACUAAAAAAUUAAUACAAUAAAAUAACAGAAAAUAACUUAAAAUAAUACAAUAUAAUAAAUAAAAAGAUAACUUGCAAUAAAAUUAAUUAAAAAAAUACAAACAACGUCAAAUAAAAAUUACACAAUAAUUUUUAAGGAAUACCACCACCACUUUGCCACAGCAACGCGUGGCCGGGCACAGCUAGUAUAUUAUAAAAGUACUCUUAAUUCAUAUUACUAAGUUUAACAUUAAAAGUUUUGUUGAAAGUUUAUUUUUAGAUUAACACGGUUUAUUAUUCUUGAACCUUGCGGUCCCUGCUAACCAAAAAAAAAAAAAAUCAAAGUAGUCCCUGGUCAAAAAAAAAAAGGUUGGGAACCACUGGAAUGAAUAAUAAACCAAUGGAUAAAGUGUGUAUGUCUGUUUGUUAGUGUAGCUUGUGUGUAUGUGUGUCUUAUGUAGUUGUGUGUUUUGUUGGUGUGUUUGUUUCUAAUUUGGUUUUGUACUUUGUUUUAGUAGCUAGCUGAAUUAUAUAAUUUCUCCUUUUUGCGAUAUUGUUUCUAAAUUAAAAAGAAAUAGUUUCUUAAAAGGUGGCAACUUUAGAAAGGUUAAAUAUGAUGAGACUGGAGUGGCUGAUAGACCUGAUUUUAGACCAAUUUGGGAUUUAUGGCUGAAUUUAUUUUGUUUUUAAGGUUGGCUGCGUAGCUCUGGUGUUGAUUUUUAUCCUUCAGUGAUUAUUAUUCUUUUGUUUAGUGCGACAUAUAUACACUGUUUUAAUCAUCAUCUAUUGUUUUACACCAAGUUAUCUGGUAUUUCAGUAAAUCUUUAAUUUGACCCUAUUUUUUAUAUUUUCAUUUCUCCUCAUCUAGAUCCAGCAUUUAAAUACAGCUGGCCCUUCACAUUUUAUGAUUUUAGUUUUCAUCGAUAUGAUUAUUUGUGAAUUUGUAAUCCAUCAUAAAUGGAAAUUGUUUUGGAGCUUUGCAGUUUUAUGCAAAGCGGAUGCAGGCUGCAAAAAAGGAAAAUGUAAAGAAAACAUAAUUAAGUUUGAUAAAUUAUAAAUGAGUAAAAUAAAUCUUUGUGUGCACUAAA